AUGGCCAAUUUGACGACGCAAAAGAGACUUGCUGCAGCCGUUCUUGGCUGCGGAAAACGCAAGGUUUGGAUGGAUCCCAAUGAAAUCAGUGAGAUCAGCAACGCCAACAGCCGCCAAAACAUCCGCAAGUUGAUUAAGGAUGGUUUGGUCAUCCGCAAGCCCAACUUGAUGCACUCGCGUUUCCGUGUCCGCAAGACUCAAGCCGCCAAGCGUCUUGGCCGUCACACUGGCUACGGUAAGCGUAAGGGUACUGCCGAGGCUCGUAUGCCCUCCUCUGUUGUUUGGAUGCGUCGUCAACGUGUCUUGCGUCGUCUCCUUCGCAAGUAUCGUGAGGCCGGUAAGAUCGACAAGCAUCUUUACCACACCCUUUACCUUGAGGCCAAGGGUAACACCUUCAAGCACAAGCGUGCCCUUAUCGAGCACAUCCAACGUGCCAAGGCUGAGGCCAACCGUACCAAGCUUCUUGAGCAACAACAAGAGGCUCGUCGUGCCCGUGCUAAGGCUGCUCGUCAACGCAAGGCCAAGGCUGCUGAGGAGAAGCGUCUUCAACAGUUUUCCGAGGAGAAGUCCGAGGAGUAA